ACUGCAAAGAAUUUACGUCAUUCACACACUUAUCUGUUUAAGUCCCACCAUUUAUCAUCUCUCUCUUCCUCUUUCUCUUUCAAACCUAAAAAGAAGAACCAAAUAAGGAAGCCUAAUCAUUCCAUCAUUCAUCACAUGGGUAGUUUUCCAAGCAAAAAAAAGAGCGAGUAUUUACGUGAACAAGAUCACUAUGUGGGGCGUUUGACAGAGAAGAUAAGGCAUUUGAGGGAGGAAAUCAAAGAGAUGAUGAACGAGAGGGAGAAAGAGAGUAGAGCUUAUGAGAGAGAGGUAAUGUUGUUUGCAUUGAAAGAAGGUGAGUGGAAGCAAGAGAGGAAGAGACUGAGAGAGGAGGUGAAGAGGUUGAAGAAGUGUGUGGAAGAAAAAGAAGAGAAGAUUAGAGUAAUGGAAGAAGAUGGAGUGGUGGUGGUGGUGGGAGAGAAAGAGAAGAAUAGCAGUGAAAAAGAAUGGGAAUUGUUGGGGACAAGCUUCUUCCUUGAGCAAAUGAGAGAGGAAAGAGCAAGAAGAGAUGAAGCUGUGGAGAAAUGGAAACAACUAUAUCUCACUAUCAAAACUGAGCUUGAUGAUCUCGUUCAACGAACACAUGGAGAUGGGCUAUAUUGGAGAGCAGAGGAAGAAGACAUGAUCAAAGAGCUAAGGAGGGAGCUGAAAGAGAAGCAAGAGAACACGGAAGCUCUAAAAGCUCAAUUAGCUUCAGCCGAACGUGAAGUACACAAAAGGGAACGGGAAAUUGAUAUUCUGAGGCAGAGUUUCAGAAUUAUGAGCUGUAACAAAAAGGCGGCAGCGGCAGCGGCAGCCCGUGGUGUCAGCAAAAGUGUCUCCAAGAGUUUUGCACUUGUGAAACAGAUCGAUGAGAAAAGCAAAUGAAUAUCAGAAGUAUUCAAAGAAUUGAAGUAGAUGAGCAGAAGUAAUGCAAAAUUGGGUAUGUAAGAUAUAUAAGGGGUCAGUAAUGAACAUUUUGCAUUUCUUUCCUGGAACCAGAAAAAAAUCACAAUGCAGAAACUUGCUGCAAGAUCAAAUGUUGGGUGUAAUUUGUAGAAUUGAUUUGCUUUCAAAUGUGGAUCAGGGUAAUUUAGUUAUUGUUUUCUUACAAAACAAGUAACAAAUAUGCAAAAUGAA